AUGAUUUUUUCCGUUGUCGUCGUUUUCGUAGUUGCUGGUGUUGUCGUCACUACAAUUGCUGAUGGUUUUGUGGCCGUUGUAGUUGUUGUUGUCGUAGUAGGCGUUGUUGUCGUCGUUGUCGUCGUUGUUGGCGUUGUCGUCGUCGUUGUUGUCGUCGUUGUUGUUGGUGUCGUUGUUGUUGUUGUUGUUGUCGUUGUCGUUGUCGUUGUCGUUGUCGUCGUCGUGGUCGUUGCUGUCGUUGUUGUCGUCGUCGUUGUAGGAGUCGUCGUUGGUUUGGUGGUCGUCCUGUGCAAUUCUGUUCUACUCCUAAAUCCCGUUAUCAUUUCUAAUAUUAACAAACCUUGA